AUGGAUUCUGCUGUCCUUCAGUUCAGGUUGGACUACGAGCAAAUCAAGCACCUUAGCGUCAACCAGGUCAUCUCCUCUGACGUCGUCUCCGUCGGCCAACACAUGUGGAGGAUCGACUGUUACCCGCGGGGACUAGAAAAGCACUCCGACAAGGACAAUGGAAAUUAUGUUUCCCUGGACGCCUUCCUGAUGGAUAGAAAUGACAACCCAUCAGAAGCCCGGAAGACGACGGAACUUCACAAGUUCAAAAUCAAGGGCGACCCUUUAAAACGCGACGACUGGGGAUAUAAUCGGUUCGUGGCCAGAAGGGUCCUCGAGGAAAACUAUGUUGUGGAGGGGCACAUCACGUUCGUAUGCACCAUCAUCGUCAUGCGUGAUACACCUGUCACCGUGCCGCCUUCAGACAUCGGAAACCAUCUCGGCUGCUUGCUGGAUCAGCCAUAUGGGACGGACGUGUCGUUUACUGUCGAUGGCGAGACAUUCCCCGUGAACCGAGCGAUCCUUGCAGCCCGCUCACCGGUCUUUAGGGCAGAGCUUUUUGGGUCCAUGGCCGAAGCUACUAUGUCAUCCAUCACGCUGCACGAUAUCAUGCCUUCAACAUUCAAACGCAUGCUUCGGUUCAUAUACACGGAUGAGUUUCCUACUACAGAAGAUAACCCCUCCAAUGAGGUAUUAUUUGAUUUACUUGCUGCUGCAGAUCGCUACGCGCUAGACCGGCUAAAGCUUAUGUGUGUCCAAAAGUUAUGGGAUAAUGUGUCAAUGGAUACAGUUAUUGAUAUUCAAGCUUGUGCGGAGAUGUACAAUUGCCCCGAGUUGAAGGACAAGUGCAUUGACUUUAUUGCUAGAAAGAAAGAAUCUAAGAAGCAGCCGGAGUCUUCAUCGGGCUAG